AUGGUUCUAGCGAGGUACACAAAACCUAUAUUUUUGCUGGGAAAACGUAUCUUAUCUUCUGCCUCCAUGCCUACACUCGCCAACUUCCGUGUACUUGCUGACACCACAACCAUAGAAAAACCACUUCUAGACGACCGUUCAUACCGUCUCAUAAAGCUUCAAAAUGACCUUCACGCGUUGGUAAUUCAUGACCCAACUACCGACAAGUCUGCUGCCUCACUCGAUGUCAAUGUAGGUGCCUUUGCAGACAGAAAAUAUGAGGUAUCUGGCCUUGCUCAUUUUUGUGAACAUCUCUUGUUCAUGGGCACAAAAAAAUAUCCUGAAGAAAAUGAAUAUUCAAGCUAUUUGGCAAAACAUUCUGGCCACUCAAAUGCCUAUACUGCUGCUGAGCAUACCAACUACUACUUCGAGGUGGGCUCAGGGCAUUUUCUCGGCGCAUUGGAUCGGUUUGCUCAGUUCUUUAUUGCACCUUUGUUCAGUAAAUCGUGUAAAGAUCGUGAGAUCCGAGCAGUAGAUUCAGAAAAUAAGAAGAACUUGCAAAACGACAUGUGGAGACUUUACCAGCUAGAAAAACUGACCAGCAAUCCAUCUCACCCAUAUUCUGGCUUCUCUACCGGAAAUUUCCACACUUUACAUGAAGAGCCAAUAGCUCAAGGAAAGAACGUUAGAGAUGUCUUAAUCGACUUUCACCUGAACCAGUACUCCUCCAAUUUGAUGAGCUUGGUUGUGUUGGGUAAGGAAGACUUAGAUACACUUUCUACUUGGGUUUCUGAUCUUUACUCUGAUAUACCUAACAAGUCCCUCUCAAGACCAGAUUAUGAAGGCUCGGUUAUAUUUGCUCCUGAACAAUUGGGCAAGCUUGUGCAAGCCAAGCCGAUUAUGGAUAGCAACAAGUUGGAACUCAACUUUAUGAUACCUGACGAUCAAGAAGAAUACUGGGAGAGUAAGCCCUCGGGAUACUUCUCGCACUUGUUGGGCCACGAAAGCUCCGGCUCGCUUUUGCAUUAUCUUAAAGAAAAGAGUUGGGUUAAUGAACUUUCUGCUGGAAAUAUGAAGGUGUGCCAAGGAAGCUCUUUAUUUAUCAUUGAGUUCGAAUUGACUCCUGCUGGGUUGGACCAUUGGCAAGACAUUGUGGUCAAUGUAUUUGAGUAUAUCUCCAUGGUCACUACUCAAGAACCGCAAAAGUGGUUAUGGGAAGAAAUCAAGUUGAUGUCAGAAAUUGACUUCAAAUUCCGCCAAAAGAAAGGUGCUGCUUCAACGGUUUCGAAAAUGAGUAGCAGCUUAUACAAAUUUUGGGACAAUUCAUUCAUACCACCCACUCAUCUUUUGAGUUCUUCAAUCAAUCGCAAAUUUGAUCCAGAGGCUAUAACCAAAUUUGGCUCAUAUCUUUUUCCAGAGAAUGCCAGAAUCACCUUGAUUUCGAAAAAGUUGGAAGGACUCGACAUGAAAGAAAAGUGGUACGGAACUGACUACUCCUUAUCUACUAUAGACUCAUCGUUGUUGGAGCGUGCCAAGCUGGCUGCGAAAAACGACAGAUUCCAUUUCCCACGUCCGAAUCCUUUCAUUCCCAAGAACUUUGAUGUUGCAAAUAAAAAGCUGGAGAAGCCAUUGAAGCAUCCUUUCUUAAUAUCAGAUACCUCUAAAUUCCAGGUUUGGUUCAAACAAGAUGAUCAGUUCUUAGUUCCCAAGGGUACAAUUGAGAUUCUCUUGCAUUUGCCUGACACUAACACUGAUUGCAAGUCAUCGGUUUUUUCAAUGUUAAUGGCAGAACUUGUCGCUGAUGAAUUGACUGAUAUUGUUUAUUAUGCUUCCUUGGUGGGCAUGUCUUUCAAACUCAGCCACUGGAGAGAUGGCUUGUUGGUCAAGGUUAGUGGGUACAACGACAAAUUACCUGUCUUGUUGGAAACGGUUCUUUCAAAGAUCAAAUCAUUCGUUCCCAAAAAGGAUCGAUUUGAGACAUUGAAAUACAAGAUGAUUCAGGACUUGACUAAUUUCGGGUAUAACGUCCCCUACAUUCAAAUUGGAACUCACAUGUCAGUGAUAAUGAACGAUAAAACGUACACUCAUGAAGAUAGAGUAAAAGUUUUGCAAAAUAACGUUGAUUUUGAGGGGUUCGGCUUGUUUUGUUCCAAGGUUUGGGAGCUGGGAUUGUUCGGUGAAGCCCACAUUCAGGGUAACUUCAGCUAUGAAAAGGCAUGCGGAAUCAGCUCGAGCAUUGAUUCCGAAUUCAGGAACGUUAGAGCUAUUGGAGCUUCGAAAAAUGAUAUUGACAAUGUCGUUAGGCUCCAGUCACACAUACUCCAACCUGGUGAAACGGUAAGAGUCGAAAUGGACUUGAUGGAUGAGAAGAAUGUGAACUCUUGUAUUGAGUAUUACAUUCAAAUAGAGAACUCUUUGAGUGAUAUUCGGAAAAGAACCCUCACCGAUUUGCUUGAGACGAUCAUGCACGAACCUUGUUUCAACCAACUCAGAACUAAGGAACAACUUGGUUAUGUUGUAUUCUCGGGUGUGCGUCUCUCACGCACGGCUAUCGGUUUCAGGAUCUUGAUCCAGUCAGAGCGUCUGACCUCUUACUUGGAAUACAGAAUCGAGGAAUUUUUGAAACGUUUCUCGGUAUAUGUGAACGAGCUUACUGCCGAACAAUUCGAUGGUUUCAAGCAAGCCCUUAAGGAUAAGAAGUUGACGAAGUUGAAGAAUUUGAGCGAAGAAGUAUCGCGUUUCUGGGAGGCGAUAGCUGAUGGAUAUUACGAUUUUGAAGCCAAGGGCUAA